AUGAAGUUCUCACUUAUCGCAUUUAUGGCCCUUGGUGCUGCAGUUAUGGCUGCUCCAGUUGAAAAAGUCGCGGAUGUUGACGCUCAAGUUAACGCCAUCAGCGAGUCACACAAGCGUGGUCUCAUUGAUAUCGAUGCUUUGAUUAACAUUCUCAGCUCAUCAAAGCAACAUAAGCGUGGUGAACUCGUCGACGCAGAUGUCGUUGCCAAUGUCCUCUCACAUCAAGAGCAACACCACAAGCGUGGUGGUCUUAUUGACAUUGACGCACUUAUCAACAUUCUUAGCUCAUCAAAGCAACACAAGCGCGGCGGUCUUAUCGACAUUGAUGCUCUCAUCAACAUCCUCAGCUCAUCAAAGCAAAAGCGCGGUGAACUCGUUGACGCAGAUGUCAUUGCCAAUGUACUCUCUCACCAAGAGCAACACCACAAGCGUGGCGGUCUUAUUGACAUUGACCUUCUCAUCAACCUUCUCAGCGGUCAAAAGCAAAAGCGUGGUGAACUCGUCGACGCUGAUGUUAUCGCCAAUGUCCUCUCAAAGCAAGUCCAACACAAGCGUGGUGGUUUGCUUGAUCUUGACGCUGGUAUCAACAUCCUCAGUGGUCAACAACAGCACAAGCGUGGUGGUUUAAUCGACAUUGACGCGCUUAUCAACGUCCUCAGCUCAUCAAAGCAAAAGCGUGGUGAGGACUGCCCAGAAGAUCAAGAAGGCGGUGAGAAGAAACACGAGGGUGGCUCAUUGAUCGAUCUCGACGCUGGUGUAAACGUUCUCUCAAAGCAAGAGCAACACAAGCGCGGUGAGCUUAUCGACGCUGAUGUUAUCGCCAACGUCCUCUCCAAGCAAGUCCAACACAAGCGCGGCGAAGAAGGCGGCAAGCUUGUCGAUGUUGACGCUCUCGUCAAUGCACUCUCUGAGGUUAAGCAACACAAGCGUGGUGGUUUACUCGAUCUUGAUGCUGGUGUCAACAUUCUCAGUGGUCAACAACAACACAAGCGUGGUGGUUUAAUCGACAUUGAUCUCCUUAUCAACCUUCUCAGUGAACAAAAGCAAAAGCGCGGUGAAGACUGCCCAGAAGGCCAAGAAGGUGGUGAAAAGGAACACAAGGGCGGUUCAUUGAUCGAUCUUGACGCUGGUGUAAACGUUCUCUCAAAGCAAGAACAACACAAGCGCGGUGAGCUCGUCGAUGCUGAUGUUAUCGCCAACGUCCUCUCCAAGCAAGUCCAACACAAGCGCGGUGGUUCAUUAAUCGAUGUCGAUGCUCUCAUCAACGUCCUUAGCAAGUCAAAACAACAAUAG